AUUCACAUUAAAGCAGAGACAAAUGCUUCCUGGUUUCAAGCAUGUGAUUACUAUAAACAGACAUAUUUCAAAAUCUUUUUUUAAGCGUGGUAUUUUUUGCCAUUUGGAUACAUUGAAAACAUUUUCUCGGAAUUCUUGGAUACGUGUUGCCUUCAACUGCCAAUAAAAGUAUCAGUUCCUGCCACCUAAUUUGGUUCUCAAGGAAUUCUGAAAUGGUUUCAUUGUACCCUAAUACAAAAAUAAGCUGAAUAGAGAAAGGUUUUAAAACAUUUUGAAGUGUAUCUGUUUACACUAAUCACAUGGUUGAAUUUGGACAGCCUUUGUCUCAUUGCUGUAGUGAAGAAAUGAAUAGAAAUAUGCCUUGACCUACUGUAGGCCCAUCAAUCUCAAUCCCUGUAUAAACAAAGCUCAGAAAUUAGAGAAUAAUUUCUUGGAAAAGUAAUGUGCAGUGUUGCAAUCAUGAGGAUAUAUUUAAUGGAAGGCCUCUAAGAUUUAAAACUAGGUUGCCUGCACAAAAGUUCAUUGUUCAAAUAUAGACGAUCCACAGUCUGGAUCUCUUUGUAUCUGUCACUUUUCUGUACUUGAGGAAGGUAAAUAAUCCCAGGCCGAGGGUUAGUGCAAAUAAUGUACUGUUGGUGGUUUUGGAUAAUGACAAGCUACUCAGGAGCCGUUCUUUAGGCUUUUAAUUUUGGGAAACUUUGAUUUUUAGUGGUAAUCAAAUUAGGCCGUGUUUCUUCAGAUCAGUGGAGAAGUUUUGAAUUUGUAUUGCUUUUUCUUCACUAUAACAAUAGUUCUGUAUCAGUUUUCCAUCGAUAAAUUAUAAUUGAAUAUCCUGUCUCUAGCCAAAGCUAAUGGUGAAAGAAAAAGAGAGAAAAGGCUGGGACUGCUUUUCUCAUUAUCUUGCAGAAUGAUUUUCCUGUAUAGAGAUGGAGGAGGGAUUUAAAGGGAAAGCAAACUAAAUUCACACAAGUCUUUGAAAACUACCUAACAAUCACUUUUUGAAGGUAAAAAAUGGGUAUUUUAAUCACACUUUGUAUGGAUGAACAGUUACAGCUACAACAGUUACGACAACCGUUACAACUAGAUCUAGCUGUGGUUACAGCUCCCACCCUAUCCAUACUUUUCCAAGAAUUAAUUAAUACUUUUUAUAAGCAAAAUACAGGACAAUAAAUGCAAAGAAACGUACACAGGGGAAGAAAAAUUCACUGCGCCUUCAAUAAAUGUUAAAUCACUACCAGUAGUGAGGGCCAACACAUGGCAAAAGAAAAUAACUAAGAUCAUAUGCACAUAAAAUAUUCAGGACAUUCUGAAAACAUUAAAGUUAAUACUUGCUGUCCUGGAUUUAGACUUUUUUUUUAUGAUGUUGGACUGUAAAAAUAAAUAAAUAAAUAAAUAGAAAGAAAGAAUAUUCCAAAUCUUCUCCGAUUGGCCACAGGAGUCUGACUUAAUUGAAACCUUCUGUAUGGCACGAAGAAUUCUGGGACUUUUGGCAUUUUCCCCAAGAAUCCUCAGAAUGUUAGUUUUUUUCGUCUCUCUCUCUCUCUCUCUCUCUCUCUCUGUCUCCGUCUCUCUCCCCCGCUCUUGCUCUUUUUUUCCCCUCAUCCAGCGGUGUCUUACAUCAGCUUACUGUGCCUGAAUGUGAGAUCUGAAAGAGAGGUUCGGAGUGAAAGAAAAAGCCUUGUUUUUAUCCUCCUGAUUGCCACACAUUACUUGGAAUUAAGAAAUCCUUGGACAAAUGGUUUGAAAACAGCAUCCCAAGCAGAAUGAACGUUCCGUCUCCGCCUGAGAUGAAGCAGCUUUGGAAGAUGCUCUUUCCGCUCCUUAUCCUCCUUUACCUAUCGGGAGCUGUCAAGUCUCAAGUAAAUCCAGGUGUGUGUCGGUCUCCGUUAGGAAUGUCCAGAGGCCAGAUCUUAGAUGAAGAUAUUUCAGCUUCCAGUCAGUGGUCUGACUCCACAGCAGCAAAAUAUGGCAGGCUGGACUGCGAGGAAGGAGAUGGUGCGUGGUGUCCUGAGAUAGCAGGAGAACCUGAGAAUAUGAACGAGUUCCUGCAGAUAGACCUUCGUUCUCUGCACUUCAUCACUCUGGUGGGCACUCAGGGACGUCACGCGGGGGGCAUUGGGAAUGAGUUUGCCCAGACAUACAAGAUCAAAUACAGCCGUGAUGGAAGCCGCUGGAUCUCAUGGCGCAACAGACAGGGCAAAGAGGUGAUCGAGGGAAACAGGAAUGCCUAUGACAUUGUGCUGAAGGACUUGGAGCCCCCCAUCAUUGCACGUUUCGUCCGCUUCAUGCCCGUCAUCGAUCACUCCAUGAACGUCUGUAUGCGUGUGGAACUGUACGGCUGUGAGUGGCUAGAUGGCUUGGUUUCAUAUAAUUCUCCACUUGGCCAGCAGAUGACUCUAAAUGGACAGCAUGUUUAUCUCAAUGAUUCAGUGUAUGAUGGAGCAAUGAGUUACAGUAUGACAGAAGGACUUGGACAGCUGACGGAUGGCAUGUGUGGCCUCGAUGAUUUCACACACAGUCACGUCUACAACGUAUGGCCUGGUUAUGACUAUGUCGGCUGGACCAACGAGAGCUUUCCCAACGGUUAUGUCGAGAUCAUGUUUGAGUUUGACCGCACCCGCAACUUCACCACCAUGAAGGUGCACUGCAACAACAUGUUCUCCCAAAGAGUGAAGACCUUUCAGAAGGUGGUGUGUUACUUUCGCUCGGAGUUGGACUGGGAAGCUACACCCGUAUCAUUCAGCCCCGUGAUGGAUGAUGUCAACCCCAGCGCCCGCUUCGUCACCGUCUCACUCUACAAUCACAUGGCCAGUGCUAUUAAGUGCCAGUACUACUUUUCUGACAUCUGGAUGAUGUUUAGUGAAAUCACCUUCCAGUCAGAUACAGCCAUGUACAACACAACCUUGGCUCCCCCCAAAACCGGUCCUCCCAUCAGCAUACAGCCAGGGGAUGACCCCACCCACAAAGUAGAUGACAGCAACACCCGGAUCCUAAUUGGCUGCUUGGUUGCCAUCAUUUUCAUCCUAGUGGCCAUUAUUGUUAUUAUACUAUGGAGACAAGUGUGGCAGAAGAUGCUUGAGAAGGUGUCUCGGAGGAUGCUGGAUGAUGAACUAACUGCUAGUCUGUCAAUACAGAGUGAGACCUUCACCUAUAACAACAACAACAGCCCGUCUUCAGUGCCCAGCGAGCAAGAGUCCAACUCCACUUAUGAGCGCAUAUUCCCUCUGGGACCCGACUACCAAGAGCCAUCCCGCCUGGUUCGCAAACUGCCAGAGUUUUCCCAAACCUCAGAAGACACCACUUCAACAAAUACAGCUUCCAAGUCGGCUUCAGCCAGUGUACAAGAGGGAGUCCCACAUUACGCUGAAGCAGACAUCGUCAACCUGCAGGGGGUAACUGGGGGCAACACUUACGCAGUGUCUGCCCUUACCAUGGACCUGCUGUCAGGGAAGGAUGUCGCUGUGGAAGAAUUUCCUCGGAAGCUGCUCACCUUUAAAGAAAAGUUGGGAGAAGGGCAGUUUGGAGAGGUGCAUUUGUGUGAAGCAGAAGGCAUGCAAGAUUUCAUGGAUGAGGACUUCUCCUUCGAUGUCAUUGAAAACCAAACAGUGCUUGUGGCUGUCAAAAUGCUUCGAGCGGAUGCAAAUAAAAACGCUAGGAAUGAUUUCUUGAAGGAGAUUAAGAUCAUGUCACGAUUGAAAGACCCUAACAUCAUCAGGCUGCUGGCGGUGUGUAUGAGCUCUGACCCUCUGUGUAUGAUCACGGAGUACAUGGAGAACGGAGACCUUAAUCAGUUCCUGUCCCGCCAUGAGCCUGAGGGCAUGAUUGCUCUCCUCAGCAACGCUCCCACAGUCAGUUACAGUAACCUUCACCACAUGGCCACACAGAUUGCUUCAGGCAUGAAGUAUCUCUCAUCACUCAACUUUGUGCAUCGAGACUUGGCCACACGCAACUGCCUAGUAGGAAAGAACUACACCAUCAAGAUUGCAGACUUCGGAAUGAGUAGGAACCUGUAUAGCGGAGACUACUACCGUAUCCAGGGUAGAGCGGUGCUGCCCAUCCGCUGGAUGUCCUGGGAGAGCAUUCUUCUGGGGAAAUUCACCACAUCCAGUGAUGUGUGGGCUUUUGGUGUAACCCUUUGGGAGAUGCUUACCUUCUGCAAAGAGCAGCCUUACUCCCAGCUGUCAGAUGAGCAGGUCAUUGAAAACACAGGAGAGUUCUUUCGGGAUCAAAGGAGACAGAUAUACCUGCCUCAGCCACCAAUGUGUCCUGACCCUGUCUACAAGCUCAUGUUGAGCUGCUGGAACAGGAACACCAAAGAGCGUCCUUCCUUCCAGGAGAUUCAUCACACGUUACUGGAUUGCAAGCCGUAGUGUCCACUUAUGUGCCCACCUUGGCACUUCCAGAGACAUUUCAGUGCGCCCACAGGACUCCAGUCAACUAUACAACGUAAAACAUACUUAUAUGUUUCCAUAUAUGAGUGAGAUCAGAAUUUAUCAUUUUUCUGUAGCAAUUUUCACUGUGAGUGUGCAAAGGCAAACUGAUAUAUAUUGUAACUACACCCCCAUAACUAAGUGCCUUCAGCUGGCUUACAAUACCUGUGCAGCACUAGGACAAUGAAAAUGUAGCAAUAAAUGUAGGCACCUUUAUCACAGACAAAUUGGAUUUAACACACUGUGUAUUUUCUCCAAAUAAUGCAAAAUAUUCUAAAAUAUCGAUAAGAAGAUUUUUUAAUAUAAAGAGGAAAUGCAAAAAAAAAAACAAGGUAUCCGCUACUAAUGCGCCUUUUAUUAUUUCCAAUUUAAUGUUGUUUUCAGUAUUUUUAAGGCCGAAGACAGCUUGAAUGUAAAUAAGAAUCAUUAAUUGACAUUCAGAUUCACAUUUGGUUUUAUCUUGAUGUCUCUUGACGUUUGUGUAUAUUUUCAUCUCAUUUAUCGAAAAUGCUAAAAUAUUUUAUUAUUUUACUUCAUUUUUUUUUUUGUCUUUGUAGUAAACUGCAAAGACCACUUGCACUCAAGUGGAUUAACAGAAAGCCAAUUGAUCUGGUUGUCACAGAAUUUCAAAUUCAAAUCAUAAAAAUUCAAUUAAAUUUGUACAUUUAAAACUAUAAAUUUAGUGUUUUCCUGCAACUACCUAUAUUGUGUCAUAUAUUUAAGUGUACUGCAUUAUGUUAGUGUUUUGCUUUUCUUGUAGUUUUAUUGUCUAAAGAAUCUUGAGAGGGUGAUAAUGGUUAUUAUUUAAGUCCAUUUCAUUUGUGAUCUUUUAUUUCUUCGCUCAAAACAACUUUUGCAUUACAGCAUAAUGAGCUAUGAAUAGACAUAAUUCUUUACAGAAAUGUCUUACAACAUCUGCAUGAAGUUGGAUGAAAUCAGAUAUAAUACUUAGUUCAUUGCAUUUGUCCUAUACUAUUUCAACUAAUCUCACAUUAGGCCAAAUGGGGCAGUAAGUUCAUUUGUUAUUAAGAGCUAAUUUUGUUUAUGUGUAUAAAAAAAAAGAAACAAAGAGAAAAAAAAAAGUAUUUUAAAGCUGUUUGUCUUCUAUGUCAGAGUAUAUUCUGGUGCUGGAUUGUUAUAGUGUGGGAUAAAUACUGGAUUUGUAUUGAACAGAUGCACUAUGAUGGUUUACAGUAAGUUGUGAUAUGUUUUGGCAUGUGAAAAGUGCUGCAAAUGGGACACUCGGAAAAUGGUGUUGUAAUUAACUUGUAUACAUGUAAAUCAUUUUUGUAAGGUCAUUGUAUAUGACCAUAUUUAAAAAAAAAUGUGUGCACCUUUUGUGGUUGGUUGAGAUAUCUGCCAGUCUAUAAUAAGUGUUUUGGUUGUGGGUUUGAAAAUCAUUUAUCUUUAAUUUUAGCGUUCUUGACAUGACUGAUGAAGUUGCAUUAUAGAUAUGCUUUAAUUCUGCACUGUUUAAAUGUUUAUUAAAUGUUCUAUUAAAAGUUCUUCCUUUAAACCAUAACCACAUGAAACAGUAAUAAGCCCUUCUGAGGUUUUGAGUUUGUUUACAAAAACAUUCCACUUUAUAAAACAUAUUUGUGAGUAGAGGAAAUUAAAAAAUGUCAUAUUCUCUAUUGACAACAUCUUAUCACAAUGCAUGGAAAAACUGGAUUUUUGUAUUUUUUAUUAUUAUUAUUAUUUUAUUCAUAGCAAAAUUUCCUUUAGGUGAUGCUUAUUCUUUCUAAUCUAUGCUUUGUACUGUAUUUUUUAUUAGCAGUCCUCUAACCAUUUUUCUCUAACAACCUAUUGUAUAUGUUAGGAAACUGUACAUAAGAUAAUAAAUUGAUGAGCCUUUAAACUUGUUGUGUAGACAUUUUAUAAUUAUAAAAUCAUGGAUUUCAAACAUUUACAGUACUAAAAACGUGUAUUUGUAUGUAUACUUAAGUGAAUUUUACAUUUGUGUACAACCCGGAAUGUAUCAAGACAUUCAUUUUAACAUCGUGUGUACUCAAAUAUGUGACCCUGGACCACAAAACCAGUCAUAAGGGUCACUUUUAUGAAAUUGAUAUUUAUACAUCAUCAGAAUAUAUAUAAAUAAGCUUUCCAUUGGGCUAUGGUUUGUUAUGAUAGGACAAUAUUUGGCCAAGAUACUACUAUUUGAAAAUCUGGAAUCUGAGAGUGCAAAAAAUAAAAAGUUCUUAGCAAUACAUACUACUAAACACAAAUUAAGUUGUGAUAUAUUAACGAGAGACAAUUUCCCAAAUAUCUUCAUGGAACAUGAACUUUACUUAAUAUUCUAAUGAUUUUUAAAAUAAAAAUCUAUAAUUUUGAUAUAUAACGUAUUUUUUCGCUAUUGCUACAAAUAUACCCCUGCUACUUAUGACUGGUUUUGUGCUCCAGUGUCACACAUUCGCUUUUUUAAAUGCUUUAUUUCGUGCGUUGGUUACCUGUCAAAUAAAUCUGAUUGCAACAUUCA